AAACUUGUUCUUCCCCCAGAUGUCUGACAUUGCUCCUGUGAAAGUGAAACGUGUCACAAAUUAAAUAAAUAAAAAACCAUUUUGCAAUUUUGACUGCCUAUUCUUUCUUGAGUGAAAGCUGGUGGUGGAGGGAGGAUCCAGAUGGCUCGCAUUGUGAAGCAGCCAUCAAAAACAAGUGGCCUAUGUUCAGCAGCGUGUUGUGCCACGUGGUGGUGCUUGUUGCUCUUGGCUACAGUUUGGCAGUGGCCAUUCAUCUUGGUGGACAGUUAGUUGGUUUGUAGUCAUACCAGUAUGAAAAGCUGUGCAGUGAUUCAGCACAUCUAGUAUAUAGUGCUGGUUUCACAGGCAGUCCUGCCUUUGAUAGGAUAAGAUGAGCCCAUAUACAGGACAGGAAUAGGAACUGCUGAGUGGCUGUAUGGAGCAGGUCUUGCAACUGGGUCUUCCACAGGCAUAUGAUCCCUAUGCAAGAGGUUGGGAUCAGGAAUGACAUAGGGAUGGACUAGGGUGUUGUGGAGGUUGGUUGGGCAAAGGAACACCGGUCUAGGACAGGUGGGAAGGAUCCUGGCUAUACCCUGGCCGCUGAAACAUGUCACUUCAAGGCCACUCCCCAAGCGCCGUAAAGUUGGCAAUAUAACUGACAAACAAGUGAGGCAUGCGAAGGGCUGCGUCUUCUGAACCAAUAACAGCACCGAACAAAAGCUGGUUCCGGUGUUGACGCUACCACAUUGCUGGCUUCCGUGCAAACAUUGUAUGUAUGUGCGCGAAUACCUGCUUUUGUGUUGUGUUGUUUUGUGUUGUGUUAUGUUACCGUCUUGAUUACAGUUUCUGUUUAUUAAACAAUGUCACCAAAAAGAUGUCGUUCACCAAGUGACAAUCUGCUGCGCCAUGGAGUGCCAUUAAAUAGUCAGGCUUUGUAAUUGCUAUGGAGGAUGCAUGAGUUUCAAUAGCACGAAAAAGAAUUUGUUUCUGUUCAUGGGCAUGUGUUGAUUCCUGCAAAUAAAGUUUUAGAGCGUAAGGGGUGCUACUUCAAGACUUACGAGACACUGAAGUAAACAGUGUGGAAGAAAGCCCCUGUGGGAAAAAACAGUUAGUUUUUAAGUACUCCUGGAAAGAAAAAGAAAAGCAGUCUCAUCCUGUUACAGAUAUUGAUUCUUUCCAGUCUGAUGCAAUUCGUCAGCACAUAUAUGGAUACUCUAGAGGGAAAGAAUACCCCACAAUAACGAAGUUGCUAAAUUCUUUAAAAGAAGGUGAACUUUUCUCAGGGGGGGAAAAGUCACUUAAGAUUGCAUUAAAAAGUAUGGGCUUCUAUUUUAAAAAGUUAGAUGGACAAAAACUGUUACUUGAAAAAGCUCAUGUCAUUGUAGCUCACACUAUUAUCUUACACAGAAUUGUAGGAAAGGACAUACACUCAGUCUUAUGGUUAGACAAAACCUGCGUCAACGCUGGAGAAUCAGUUGAGAAAUGCUGGACAGAUGAUACUCCGAAUAGCAGUGGUCAUCAGCCAACAGGAAGAGGAUCCCGAUUAAUUGUGGCCCAUGCAGGAUCUUCAAAUGGCUUUGUGCCUGAAGGACUUUUGGUUUUUCCAUCGAGAAAAACCGGUGACUAUCAUGAGGAUAUGGACCACCCAAGGUUUCUACAGUGGUUUAAACAUUUGUUGCUCCAGUUUAGUAUUCCGACAGUGUUUGUGAUGAACAAUUCACCUUGCCAUUCUAUGAUUUUAGAUAAAACUCCUACCACUAGUGACCAUAAAGGAACUAUGGUGCAGUGGUUGCAGGCAAGAGACAUUGCUGUGGACAUGAGCAUGACAAAGCUGUUAUACUCGCUUGUAAAACAAAAUAAGCCUGUGACACCUAAAUACACUUGCAAAAUUGCAAGCAAACAGGGUCACUUGAUAACUGGGCUACUCCCUUCUCACUGCCAUUUUAAUCCAAUUGAAUUGGUUUGGAGUGAAGUCAAGGCAUACAUUAGAAGUAACAACAAGACUUUUACUAUAAUAGAAGUGGAAAGACUGCUACGUGAAGGUCUUGUUAUUGUAGACCCUAACUCAUGGGAGAAGAAAGUAGACCAUGUUGCUGAACUCAUAAGAGAAGCACAUACUAUAGACAGCAUUAUAAAUGAAAAUGAACAAUUAAUGAUUUCUCUUGGUGAUGAUGAUGAAGUUGAAGACAACGGUUUUGGCGCCGAUUCUGAUGAUAGUGAAGGAGAACUGGAUGGAACUGCGCCAUUGACAUCGUAAAUUGAUUCUGGAUGACAAAAAUGUUCGCAGACGAUUUCGUGCAAGUAACUACCAAUCCACUACUCGUGUUAAGCCUUUUAUUUGCACAAUGCCAAUGCGGCUGGAUGAUGGAUGGAACCAAAUACAGUUUAACUUAG